CAAGGCGAGGGAUCUACGCGGCUCGCAGUGGCGAAGGCGGCUUUAGAGGCAGCAUGAAGCGCACCCCGACCUCCGAGGAACGAGAGCGCGAAGCUAAGAAACUGAGGCUUCUUGAAGAGCUUGAAGACACUUGGCUUCCUUAUCUGACCCCAAAAGAUGAUGAAUUCUAUCAGCAGUGGCAGCUGAAAUAUCCUAAACUAAUUCUCCGAGAAGCCGACAGUGUAUCUGAGGAGCUCCAUAAAGAAGUUCAGGAAGCCUUUCUCACACUUCACAAGCAUGGCUGCUUAUUUCGGGACUUGGUAAGGAUCCAAGGCAAAGAUUUGCUCACUCCGGUGUCUCGCAUCCUCAUUGGUAACCCAGGCUGCACGUACAAGUACCUGAGCACCAGGCUUUUUACAGUACCCUGGCCAGUGAAGGGUCCUGAUAUAAAGUACACCGAGGCUGAGAUAGCUGCUGCUUGUCAAACCUUCCUCAAGCUCAAUGACUACCUGCAGAUAGAAACCAUCCAGGCUUUGGAAGAACUCGCUUCCAAAGAGAAGGCUAAUGAAGAUGCCGUGCCAGUGUGUGUGUCUGGAGAUUUCCCCAGGGUUGGUAUGGGGUCAUCCUAUGAUGGACAAGAUGAAGUGGACAUUAAGAGCAGAGCAGCAUACAACGUAACUUUGCUGAAUUUCAUGGAUCCUCAGAAAAUGCCGUACCUGAAAGAGGAGCCUUAUUUUGGCAUGGGGAAAAUGGCGGUGAGCUGGCAUCAUGAUGAAAAUCUGGUGGACAGGUCAGCGGUGGCAGUGUACAGUUAUAGCUGUGAAGGCCCCGAAGAAGAAAGUGACGAUGAUUCCCAUCUCGAGGGCAGAGAUCCUGACACUUGGCAUGUUGGUUUUAAGAUCUCGUGGGACAUAGAGACACCUGGCUUGGCAAUACCCCUUCACCAAGGAGACUGCUAUUUUAUGCUUGAUGAUCUCAAUGCCACCCACCAACACUGUGUUUUGGCUGGUUCACAACCUCGGUUCAGUUCCACCCAUCGAGUGGCAGAGUGCUCUGCAGGAACCUUGGAUUAUAUCUUACAGCGCUGCCAGUUGGCUCUGCAGAACGUCUGUGACAAUGUAGAUGAUGGUGAUGUCACUUUGAAAUCCUUCGAGCCUGCAGUUUUGAAACAAGGAGAAGAAAUUCACAAUGAGGUGGAGUUUGAGUGGCUGAGACAGUUUUGGUUUCAAGGCAGUCGAUACAAAAAGUGCACUGAUUGGUGGUGUCAACCCAUGGCUGAACUGGAGGGACUGUGGAAGAAGAUGGAAGGUGUGACAAAUGCAGUGCUUCAUGAAGUUAAAAGAGAGGGGCUCCCCGUGGAACAAAGGAAUGAAAUCUUGACUGCCAUCCUUGCCUCGCUCACCACCCGCCAGAACCUGAGGACGGAAUGGCAUGCUAGGUGCCAGUCCCGAAUUGCCCGGUCUUUACCCGCGGAUCAGAAGCCAGAAUGUCGGCCAUAUUGGGAAAAGGAUGAUCUUUCCAUGCCUCUGCCAUUCGAUCUCACAGACAUCGUUUCAGAACUCAGAGGUCAGCUUUUGGAGGCAAAACCCUAGAAGGAGCACAGGUCUUAGGUGAAGGAGGAAAAGAUCUCUUUGGUUUUCUCCUCCAGCCUUGUCAUUGGCUUGCACAAGGGCAGCGUAGGACAGACUUCUUUUGGCCCUUAGAUUGUGGAACCUGGGUCCCAGUUUGAAGUAGCUAGAGAAUGGAGCCCAUGAGUGUUCAAAUGUUUUUAAAUGACAUAGUGUUAUAGUCUGGUUUGGUAUUAAACAAGAACUUCCCCAAAAGAAAACUAUUUCCCACUUGGAUUUUUUAACGUGAACCAUUUAGCCCGCAAGUGCCAAAAAAGGCAACAGGGAUGAGCCCAGCCAGUGACAAAGCCUAACCUGCUUUCCUCCUUCCAAGCCUAUUUAGAGACUCUAGAGUGGACCUAGUCAUCUAAAAAAAGACAGAGACGUGCAUCCCAAUUUCUUACUGCACCCUCUAGAGGCUAUACUGUCCAAUAUGGUAGCCACUAGCUAGCUGUGGCUACUUAAAUUUAAAUUCAAUUUUAAUUUUAAUUAAGAAUUUAGUUUCUCAAAGUUGCCCUAGCCACAUUUCAAGUGCUUAAUAGCCACAUGUGGCUAGUGACUACUGUGUUGGACGGCACAGAUACAGGACGUUUUCAUCAUUAUAGAAAGUGCUAUUGGACAAUGCUUCUAUAAGAAGUUUGAGAACAGGAAUUCUCUUUUCCAAUGCUCUGUAGCCUCUAUCCCCAUAGGAAAAAGAAAUUAAAAGAGAAAUGACUCACUGCAAAGUAGCUUCUUUCCCUUCUCUAAGACAAACCUAAGUAAAAGCCUGAGUUAUGAGUCCUGUAGUGUGCACACAGGAACAGGGACUUGUUAACAAUUAAAGUUGACAUCCUGUCUUUAGGGAGUUUCUCUGAUCUAAUGAAAGAGACACAGCCCCAUUUGUAUUGUCAUGAAUUUAGCCAGCAUGGUAUAGUUUUUUUCUAUAAUUCCCCCAUUCAUAUGUAAUGACAGGUAGAAUCGAGGCUUGAAGAACCCCAGUGUCCCAUCCUGAUGACACUGGAGUGUCAGAGAGACCAUGUAGAGUAGAAGUUAAAACCUGGGCUCUGGUUUCAGAGUAUCUGGAUUAAGACUCCUGCUAGCUUUGUGACCUUUGGCAUGUUGUUGUGCCUCAGUUUCCUCAUCUGUAUAAUGGGGAUAUACUAAAGGUACCAACUCCCAAGGUGAGGAUUAAGUGAGGUUUCUAGCUACACACUUAGAACGAUUUCUAGCACAUAAAUAUCCAAUAAAUAUUAGUAUUAUUGUAUAUCAGUAAGCUGACCUAUAUGUAGACAUUUUCCUCUCCCUUCCCCAAUCCCUGUGCCAGUUUUGUCUCAUGAUGUCGGUAACACAUCUCUGCCUUUCUGGCCUGGCUCCCGCCCUUUGGUGUGCCCAGAAAUCACGAGAAUAGUGAGCCCAUGUCAUCAGCCUCUUACCUUCUCUUGGAGUUGUUCAAGUAGAGCUUUUGCCCACUGAGAGGUGCUCUGAGAACACUCUCACUCCUGCCCUCCAGCUCUCAUUGGUUCACAGUAUGUGUUCCUGUCCAUGGAGUCAAAAGCCACAGAAAAGUCACAUGACACACAGCAGCCGGGGUCACGUGGUACUGAGACUUCGGUCUCUCAGACCUUGGAUUAAUUCUGUGAUGUCUUUUAGCUUUGAUUUCCUCAUCAGUAGAAGAGGGAUGAGGCACUACCUUGUGGGGUCGUUGUAGAGACUGAAUGAAAUAACAUAGGUAAAGAGCGUGUGGCACAUGGAAGUCACAGACUGGGCACCCUCGGGCCACCUAGCCCAGUCUUUUAUUUAGCCCUAUGAUGUUUGUUCUUUGUUAUAUUUCAUUAGGUGCCAGUAUUUAAACAUUGGGGGAUUUUGCAUAAAAUAAGAACGUCUGCAUUCUCUUUAGAAUCCAGAACACCGAGCAGUCCCAGGCCCCCCUCCUAGCAUGGCACAAGCUCAGUAGUGUCCUUCCGCUCUGAGGCAGGUGUGAACCCUCCUGUGGUUUGCCGUGGGCCCUGUUGCUCCCUAUUAUCAUCUAUUGUCAACCUGACCUGCUUCACCCCUUCAUAUCAGCACUCUCGAAACCUGCUUGCUUGCACCCCUACAGUAGAAAUAAUGUUUAGUGUUCGCCCCAAUGUAUGUGUAUUGCUAUUGAACUGUAUCUGUGAACUGCUUGUACUAAUAUGUCAUGUGCACCAUAAAAUAUUCAUACACAAUAAAAAUAUUAAAAGGAUG